AUGCAGAAUGGACCAUAUACCUUCAACAGCAGACCGAUGAUAUUGAAGAACUGGACGCCAGAUUUCCAGACGGAUGACGAACCUAUGCGAAUUGUGCCCAUUUGGGUAACUUUCCCACGACGCCCCUCGGUUUCUUCCGGUUACCAACGCGAAAAUAUGGGUCUUAUAGCAAGCUAUCUGGGUAAGCCGGUAUGUACAGAUAAAUUGACAGCUUCGUGUGAAAUGGUAUCGUAUGCUAGAAUGCUGAUAGAGAUGGACAUCACCCAGGUCUUACCAGAUGUGUUGGUUAUUGAGCAACAGAAUGGGGAGCUAAGGGAGCAAGAGAUUGAGUAUGAGUGGCACCCCAAACUGUGCCACGAGUGUCAUGAAUUGGGGCAUUUAGCAGAGGAAUGCAAAGCACGGGGUGAGGCGAAUGAGAAUAUGCCUAAGAAAAAAAAGAAGGCUAAGAGGAAAAAGAAGCAGGACAGGGCUGAGUGGCAAGAAAAAGCCACUGACCUGGCUGCGAUACCUCAGCAAGGAGAUCGGGAACAAGCUGGGAAGCAAGUGACGCUAGGCUAUGGUGAGCAAGUGCAGGGGGAAGCCUCUAAAACUGUUGCAAAUACGGAAGAGGUGGCUGCGGAGAGUGGCAGCCAGGGCAUUGUAGCUCAGGUAAUACAGCUCCAUGUCGGGCAGAGUAAAGCAGCAAUGAUCACUAAAGCUGGUCAGGGGCAAAGCCCCAAGGCACUUAACCCGCCAUGA